UGGUUUGUUUCCCUCGGAAGUGAAAAAUAGUAAGACAAACAACAAGGACAGCGUUAGCCAAUAACAUAAUAAGAAAAAACGUAUAUUUGAAUUAGGAGAAAGAACACACUCUACUAAUACAGGAUAAUAAUAGUUUGUAUUCACAAUUCAAUAACUAAAUGUUCUUUCUAUGAGAAGAAUUGAUCAGUUUCCCACAUUUGAUCAUUUUAUAGGAGCGACGCUAACGUUACAGGGCUCAAGCUAGCCUACAUUGUAUCAUCUAAUCUUGCCUUUCCUUUUUACGGAAGAGAAAGGCAAGAACCAGAUACAAGAUGAGGCCAGUCGGGUCCAAGGAUUGUAACGAUUGAUCCUUGAUUCAAUGUCUGCAUUGGGUAGGGUACCUAGGACAAUGAUGCCUGCCAUUGCAGUAUUAUUCAGCUGUCCUUGUCUGACUCUUUGGCCUUGCUGAGGUGUGGUGUCGGAGGAGGUGUGGUGUCGGAGGAGGUGUGGUGUCGGAGGAGGUGUGGUGUCGGAGGAGGUGUGGUGUCGGAGGAGGUGUGGUGUCGGAGGAGGUGUGGUGUCGGAGGAGGUGCGGUCAGUGAGAAUGGAUCAAGGCCCCCACCUGACAUGACAUUGGAUACUUUUUUGGAACUUUAAUCAAGAGACUGGGAGGAAGAUGGAGAAAGAGGUGGCUGAGGGGGAGGUGGAGAUGAAGAGAGAGACAUGGACUGUAGAGGCAACUGAGGAGAGUCCUGAAGAGCUGCUCUCAGGUGUUCCUCACCUUCCAUCUUCAACCGCCAUGCCCGACCAGUGGGAAGUCAGAGGAGAUGAGGAGGAAACUCAACAACAAGUUCCCAAUAAGGAGAUUACUGACUAUAUCAAAGUUACCCCUCAGGAUAUCCAAUCCCCAGUCAACCAGGAGGACUCGGAAGAUGUAGAAUCAGAGGACUGUGGGAUUGCAGAGGACAAUGAGGUCUCUCUAAGACAGGAGGGGGUGGUGCAUGUGGAGAGAGAAGGAAAUGAGGAGACAGAGGGUGGAGAUGAAGAGGAGAGCGGAGGGAAGGAGCCAAGCAUAAAUGGGGAGUCAGGCUGGAGGAACUCAGGGGCCGGAGGGAGGAGAGGCCGGUCCCGGAACAGCGGGGGGGGGGGGACAGCCUCGGAGCAAAACACUCAGGCUACAUCAUCAUCCUCGUCCUCCUACCUCCCUAAAGGUUCCCUGUCGUCGGGUGGCGGUCGGCACAAGCAGACCCGGAGGCGCAACCACCACCAUCAGCAGGGCCGGGGCCGGCGGCAGACGGGCACCCAGCUGGCCUUGGCCUUCAGGGAGCUGCUGUCGGAGUCGCUCAGCCCCUGGUGCAUCUCCUGCAUCCACAUGGUGGUGGAGGUCAUUGUCACCAUGACCCACCGAUGCGGAGUGGCCGUGGAGGUCGGAGGGGUGGCCCUCUACGACCUGGGCUCACAGAUGCUCAACAGGGUCACUGACGUGCCGGGGAUGAAGGCAGAUGCCCAAUGCGUGCUGGAGAGGGCGAGGUGCGCCGGGGCGGUCCUGGUGGAUAAGAGUGUUCGGUUGGUGAAAUGGGUCCGGAAGGCCUCCCUAACUUGCUUCAGCCUCCUCUGUGCCGUGGUACUGCUGGGGUUCCAGUGGGCCCGGUUGACGCUGGUCCGGCUGGGCGGGGAGAGGGCCCAGCGGUGGUGGACGGCCAUGCAGGACUUCAGGGUAUGGAGGAGGGUGGCUUCGCUGGUGGAGAGGGUCAGCAGCUGGUUCAGGAGGAGAGUCACCCAGGUGCCCCCUUUGACCCCAGAUUCUCCUGGUGGAGCAGGCAGAUACCAACCUGGAAAGGAGCUGGAGAGACUGCUGGCGCUGGCUCAAGUCCCUGAGGAGGAGCUGGACCCUUUUACAGUCCUGGGGGUGGAGGCCCACGCCACUGAAGCUGAGCUAAAGAGGGCCUACAGACAGCUGGCUGUCCAGGUCCAUCCAGACAAGAACAAGCACCCACGCGCUGGGGAGGCCUUUAAGGUGCUGAGGGCUGCCUGGGACAUCGUCAGUAACCCAGAAACACGGAGGGAAUACGAACUGAAGUGCAUGGCGAAGACGGAACUCUCCAAGUCGAUGAAUGAGUUCCUCACCAAACUGCAGGAUGACCUGAAGGAAGCUAUGAACACUAUGAUGUGCACCAAGUGUGAAGGCAAGCACAGGAGGUUUGAGAUGGACCGGGAGCCUGCGGAGGCUCGGUUCUGUGCAGAGUGUAACAGACGCCACAGCGCCGAGGAGGGAGACCUGUGGGCCGAGUCCAGCAUGCUGGGCCUACGCAUCACAUACUUUGCCUGCAUGGAUGGCAAGGUCUACGACAUCACAGAGUGGGCCGGCUGCCAGAGGAUAGGAAUCUCCCCAGACACACACCGCGUUCCCUACCACAUCUCCUUCGGAUCCAAGAACAACAGCAACUCCACGCAGCGCCACAGGACACCUCCAGGCCCAGAGCACCCUCCUCCAGGCCCGACCAACCCUGCUGACCUGCAGGACUUUUUCAACCGCAUCUUCCAGGGGGGACCUCCCCCUGAUAUGGCUGCCAACGGGGGUUUCUUUCCCUCAGGACCGCCCCCUCAUCACCCCUCUGGUGCUGGGCUGGGACCUAGUGGACCUUUCUCCCCUCCUCCACCUCAGACUGGCUUCUUCAUGCCUCCUGGGGGGCCCCGGCCAGAGCCCAGCGAGACGUGGGCUGAGAGCGGAGGCAAACCUCUACCACGCAGGAAGAAGAAGGUCCGCAAGCCCUUCCAGAGGUGAGAGCGGCCAUUGUUGUGAUACGUCAUCAUAGCAACACAGGGACACUCUACACAUGGCCAUAUCUGUCUUCUUGCUUGUCUGUCAGCGAGCCCGGACCUCCCCUUACUGUACAUGAGUCGAAGGAUCACUCGAGCUCAGGAAGAUUCACACUGGUCUGGGCUACCACCCAAAUCAAUGACUGACAACACAUAGGUCCCAAGCCAGAGAUGAGACUGGACCAUGUAUAAGAAGAAGAAACUAACUCCGUUUAAGUAUAUUUGGGGUAAGGAGGUGGCAGUAUUUCUGCUUCUCCCACUCUCAUUUGUUUUCUUCUUUGAUGAAACAGCUGUAGCCAUGCCACUGAAAUCACAAGCCUAUUGCUUAUAAUGUAAACACAUUUCCUUUGGUCUUACUUUCCUGCACAAUUCUGCAUACACGAUUACAUGCCAUUGGACUCUUUUAGUCCUUGAGACUUUUGUGAUACAUUUUUGGGGAUAUGGUAAUGUAAUAUUGCUUCAGGUCUCUGUGCAUUUGUGUUUGAGAGGGACAUGGCUAGAAGAAGCCAAUUAGAAUUGAUUCAUUUCUGAAUUUAACAGCUCAAGCUGAAUCCUGGGAGAAGACUGUCCAGAGAGAGGGCUCCUCUGCCUGUUAAUGCUUGUACACAUCCUUCCUUCCGCCUGUUGCCUUCUUUGAUAAAUUGUUAGGUUAUCAUUUGAGCAACUGCUUUUCUGCCAUUUUUAUUACUUUGAAUGAAGUUAGAGCGAAAGUUUGUCACUAACUUAUAUUGGGAAGUAGGUUUGUGGGGAAUGCUUUUGCACCUGAAUUAGAGUGCAAGUAUGCUCCCUGCCAAACAUAGAUACACUGCUCGUUGAACAUCUUAUUCAAAAUCAUUGACAUUAAUAUGGAGUUGGUCCCCCUUUGCUGUUAUAACAGCCUCCACUCUUUCACUGGAUGUUGGAACAUUGCUGUGGGGACUUGCUUCCAUUCAGCCACGAGCAUUAGUUAGGUCGGGCACUGAUGUUGGGCGAUUAGGCCUGGCUCGCAGUCGGCGUUCCUAUUCAUCCCAAGAUGUUGUAUGGAGUUGAGGUCGGGGCUCUGUGCAGGCCAGUCAAGUUCUUCCACACCGAUCUCGACCAACCAUUUCUGUAUGGGCCUUGCUUUGUGCACGGGGGUAUUGUCAUGCUGAAAAAGAAAAGGGCCUUCCAUAAACUGUUGCCACAAAGUUGGAAGCACAGAAUCGUCUAGAAUGGCCUUGUAUGCUAUAGCGUUAGAUUUCCCUUUACUGGAACUGAGGGGCCUAGCCUGAAACAUGAAAAAGACCCUCAAACCAUUAUUCCUUCUCCACCUUUAAAGUUGGUACUAUGCAUUCGGGUAGGUAGCGUUCUCCUGGCAGAUGAUGAAGCGUGAUUGACGUUGCUUCCGGAGGUAGUUUGGAACUUGGUAGUGAGUGUUGCAACCAUGAUGCUACGCGCUUCAACACUCAGCAGUCCCAUUCUGUGAGCAUGUGUGGCCUACCACUUUGCGGCUGAACUGUUGUUAUAAUAAUAAUAAUAAUAUAUGCCAUUUAGCAGACGCUUUUAUCCAAAGCGACUUACAGUCAUGUGUGCAUAC